CACACGGAUUCGUAAAUAGAGGGAAUACACGAGAUAUUCUUGUAUUUUUAUUAGAUUUAGAAUGAAAUAAUACAUAUAUUUUUACAUAAAAUGUCAUCAGUGAAUUUAGUGAAUUCCGUACGAAAUUUCUUAGCGUCUAAUUUUAUGCGUGUUGAAGAUGAAUGGUUGACCGGAUGUGUUGAAUACUUGACUGAGGAUAGCAGCAACAGUUACAGCGAGUCGGACAUACAGAAUCUUGCUAAAGAGCAAUGGCUCUUAAACGAUCUAAAAGAGAUAUGUCCGGGGUCUUUACCUGCCAAUUUGAGGGGUCAGCAGAAAACUGUGCUAAAUGGGAGGUUCGCGUUACAAAUCAACGCAGCUGUGGACAUAGGCACACCGGCAUAUCAGCAGUAUAUGAAACUCCAGAAAGUUAACACGGAAAACUUGGAAGCCACUACUAAGUUUGAAGAUAAAGUGCCAAGCCAUAGAAUGAUAAAGUUGUACCUUACUGAUGGUGUGCAAGAAAUAUCAGCCAUAGAGUACAAACCAAUGAGGAAUCUCAGCUGUGACAUCACUCCAGGGUGUAAAGUACUCGUUAAAGGUCCGAUAGAAUGCCGUCGUGGAGUCCUGUUGCUCACAGAGAGCUCGAUAGACCUGCUCGGAGGAGAAGUCCAGGAGAUCGCCGUCUCUAACUCCUUGGCCGGGUUGCUGUCCAGCAAACUUGGCUUGCCAAUGACACAAGGCACCGCAGCAGACCUGAACACAACCGUCCCCCGCCACGCAGACAUACCCCCACCGCACUGUGACAUGCCCCCCGCGCGCAACCCCGCCCCACCAACAUUCGACGCUCCCCGCCCCGUUGCCAUAGUAACCAGCGUGCAGCAAGCCAACUUCGCCGACGAUGACAUCGAUAUAGACCAACUAGCGGCCAUAGAAGCGCAACUGACUAACAAACGAGCAUCAACUGACGACCGAAGCAAACCUGAAAAGAAACCAAAAAUAGACGUUGCAAACAGAAUAGACGAUUACCCAGACGACAAUGAUUUAUUCGCCGAGGACGAGGACUAUUUGAGAGAAUUGGAAUCCAAAUUCGAUGCCACCGAUCCUAUUUCCGUCUCAUCUGAACCGUUUACUUAUCUAAAACAGAUUAACGAGAUGAGAGAGAUAGAAAAAGCUGGUAGGGUAUUCCGAGUGAAAGCGCAGAUAAUGAAACUGUUGUCUAAAUUGUCUGUGGGCAAAGAAGGGUGGAGUUUGAAGUGUACUAUUGUCGAUGGUACGGGGAGCUUGGACGUGGAUUUUACUAAUAAUGUUUUGUCGAAAUUGGUCGGGUAUACGCCGCAGGAAAUGAAUCAGUUGAAGAAACAGAUGGCGACCGAUCCGCAGCUGAAACAGAAAGCUGUUAUGGCUCUCCAAAAAGCGAAAGAAGCUCUACAAGUGUUAUACUGCAUAAUAGAGUUAACCAUGUUGGAAGUACCCAAAAUAACGUGCCUUACACCAUUCGAUGGAUCACAUCUAGACUUACUGAAGAAAAGGAAGACUAACUUAUAGCAUACAAUGGGGUAGAAAUAGAUAUUAACAAGUUGUAUAUAUACCUAUUAUAUAGAUAGUCACGCACUUUAGUCGCCAUUUUUGGGAAUAUUUGUUUUGUGUUUCACAAAAAAGCGAAGCACGUCACGAGGCAAUUUCCUUGCUUGGCAAAGGUUGUAUGUAGACUUGCCUCGGCCGAGGCGAGUCAUUGAAAGAUUGCCUCGCAGCGUGCGGAAGUAAACUGACAUUACUUCACGCCAAAUGGCUGCCAGAAAAGAUAUAUGUGAUUCGAUAGCCGGCUUGCUCUGUAAAUGCUAUGAAAGCGAUAAAAGGGUCGCAAAUUACAAGUUCAAUUUGAGAAAAACAGAAAAAAAAAAGUUAUCACAAAAGUGCUAAUUUUAGAU